AUGCCCCCCGCGAAGACAACACGAUCUGCAAACACAACUCAAGCAACCUCGACAAGGAAUAGAACAACAAGCGGCAAGACUGUGAAAAGCACAAAUGCGAAUUCUCAAGGCUCAGACGACGUUGACGCCCUUGCGGGGCGGAUGACGGGCACCUUGCGGCUCAAUGCCACUUCCUCUGUCGGCAGGAAGCCUACCAGAACGACAUCGACAACUGUUAGGACGGAGAACCCUCACUCGAAAUCUACAGCUGAGAAUGUACCGGUGACUCCCAAGCUCGAACUGUCCCCUACUGAGCGUGGGAAGCACGCGAUGCGCACAGUCAACAGCACGAUGCAAAGUCUUGUAGAGGCGAUCCAGAAGGGAUGGAAGGCACCACACGCGCAGAGCAAGCCGACUGCUCCGAUCAGAUCCCGGGCACUCAACAAGCAGGAAGAUAGUGGAGAGGGGGUCUGUACGCUGGAAUCUAUCACUUCGACUGCUGCCAAGUGCAGAUCGGCGUUAUCGAGUAUGCGAGGGUUGAAGGAUCAAGUAGAUAUCAAACCGGUCGAUAUUGAAAGAGCUGCUGUGAAUGUUGCCGGGAAGCUUCUGGGGCUAGAGAUGUGGACCCUUGUGCUCGAGUUCUUGACAGACUCGCGUCCUAGCGUCUUGGACCUGUAUGAACACCUGCCUCUGAGUGCGAGGAUCACAAAGACGUCAACACCUGCGGUGGGCAAGAGUAGGACUGGUCAACGUGUGCCCUCUUCCCGUUCUGUCGUCAAAGAGAGCACCAGCUUUGGCCAGCACUGCGAGCUCCUGUUAUUUCCCACUCCCUCAGAUCCCGACAAUAUCGACGUCGCUGCGUUGAACGUCAUCGCCUCCAGUCAACUUUAUGCAUUGACGUCGCUGGUACACUUGGUCAAUCCUGCAUCUAUCCGAGAAUUAUCACAAACCCUGGCUGCUCCAGGAAACAUGCUUGACUUUGUCCCUGUUUUACAAACCCGCCUUGGAUCAAAGUUCUAUUCUAGUCUUGCACUCUCCACCUUCCGAGCGAUCGCCACACGACUUUCAUCGUCAGAGGCACAUUCUCCAGAUGUGCUGUUCUCCGUUCGUCUCUGGGCACUACGCUGCUUCAUCCAAGCCGACGGAAUAAACGGCAACGACUUUUGGGAUCAAACCAUGCGCUGGGCCGCGAGUUACCUGAAGACAAUCCCAUCGGGAUCGAAAGAUCAGGAGAAGGCGGCGUCUGCCCAGAUAAUGACUGUUUUCAGCGAGCUUGUUGACCGUGCUGGAGCAAGGCCUGAUGGUCGGGACUUUGCUAACGGAGCUUCGUUUGGCAAGAUGUGCGAUUGGUGGAUCAGUUUAGCGCGGCGUAGCGGCAAUCUUGAAAUACUUACCACGGUCAAUAACAUACUCGCUUCUACAUCCACCACCGCCACAUCCAUCAAAUCCUCUUCCAAUCUUGACACUCGAGUAGCUGCGAAUGAAAGCCAAGGUAUGGACGAUGCCGGCAUGUUACUCAGUAAAAUAUAUGCACGUGUCUCGCAUGUGGAAGCCCUUGUUAGCAAGCUUGCAAAGGAUGGUGAUGACAAAGGCGUGGAAGACCAUCUAGAUGCCAUUUUGUCGGACAUUCGUCACCUUCGUCGCCUGUAUACAUCUGGCGUUGACGGCGUUCAUCGACUACAGCGAGAAACUGAGCGAUUGCGCCAUUCAUGUGCCAAACUCUUGGAGAAGACCCUAGAAGCAAGUCUCUCCGGUGGACGUCUUCGCCCUGCUUGCAUCGCAGUGUUGGAAAGUCUCAUCGAUGUUGCGGAGUCGACUUCAACCCCUGCCGAUGGCGACUCCGUUCCGAACAAACCCAGCGCCGAAUUCCAGAAGGAUAUGAUGAGCGGCGCUUUAGACUCCUUGUUGACACUGGCACGUGUGGUGCUGUCUCCAACACAGCAUCUCACGUAUUCUCUAGCUCUAGGAUACUUGGAACGAGCUCACAAGCUCACGACCAGCAUUCCAUCGGGGGAAACAGUUCAGUAUUUGCGUUGUUUAGGUGCUGCUCAUCAGAAUGCAGCCGCCGUGUUGUAUAAACACAACAAGGCAGAAUUUGCCAUCCGAUUUGCAGAACAGGCCUAUUUGAUCAGCGUACAAAUGUUCGAAGCUUCUGACGGUGCGAAUAACGAGGGUUCUGCGUUACGCGAGCAACUUGGUCGACGGGCGGAGAUACUUGCAAGCUGUUACUUGAAACAAGGAGAUCGAAAGCUGGCGUACAGAUCUUAUUGCGAUGCUUUGUCUUGGAUAUCUUUCAACACAAUCUCUGCCUUACAGUCAACCUUGGCCAAGGAAUCCGUGUUUGCCAGCUUCGCAGCUCAGCCUACAGUAUCCGCCCUCAUUGAACGCGUAACACGACUGGCCGUAUCAGACCUCUUGUUGCCCCCGAAAGAGGCAUCCCUUCGUCAUCAACUGGAAGGUCGCGCUGUUCCUACUGAAGUUAUCGGAGGAUUGCUUGAAUAUCAGAUUCUUACUAUGGACAAUAUGCUGCACAAACCGGAAUGCCUCCCGGCUAUAAGCAACAUCUUGGACGAGUUGCUAAACUUGUAUGCACCGGAUAUUUUCCCCAUACGUCGCUCGAGGGUCCUCCUACGAAACCUUGAACACCUGUAUCAUAUUGGAUCUAACAGCUCGGCCUUGAUAGCAAGUGAUAUUCUCGAGGGAUUUGUGGGAGAGAACAAAGCCAAUGAUGCCGGCCUGGCCGGGUAUAUUCCUCUGUACCAGGCAUUUACGCACGUUUGGCUGGCUAUACAGUCACAUGGGAACGCCGAUUCGCCCAGCAUGCCUGCAGUUGUACAGCAUACUGACGAGGCAGUUCGGAUUUUCCGUCAAGUAUUCAUUCCAGGAUCUGUUCCUAAACCUCGUUCUGCAUCGCCAAAGUCUAGGAGCCUCGGCAAGGGGCCGUCAAAACCUCGUCCAGCUCAGACGCCCAAAACCCCUGCCAGAGGGCGACGUGCAGUGUCAACUAAAACCCCGAAGGUGACGACUUCCCUCACUUUGUCAAACGACCGGGCAACCAUUACUUCUGCGGCACUCGACAACGUGGAGCGCCUCUACAAACACCUAGAGCUGUUGUCGGAUUUGCUCAAGUUUCUUGUGCUUUCUUUCCAGCGGAUUGACUUGUUGGAGAUUAUGCGACACUUCAACCAACAUCGCAUAGAGAGAUCCCUAUCAUGUGAUGAAAUGUUACGCACCACAACAGAGCUUGCUUACGAAAAUGCGAGACUAGGAAAGACUGGCCGAGCGAGUCAUCUGUACGCUCAGGCAAUGAACUGUGCAUUGCACGACGACUGCACCACACCUUUGUCCGACAGCGCGAGGAUAUUGUACCUCUUGCGGUAUGCCAGCUCUCUUGUGAUCCACGGCAAUCUGGAGAAAAGCUCUAGUCUUUAUCAAGAGGCACUAGAAACUGCUGCAGCGAUGGAAACAGACGGACCUAAUACUACUGUCGGCCGCAUACGAACACGGACUUUGGUACUGGAACAGGCAGCGAUAGCCUCUUCGGUCUAUGCAUUGAUCAAAGACGAGCAGGAUGAUAUGCCAAGUUGUCUGAACGCGCUAGAACAAUCAUUGCGUCUAUGGAAUCGUGCAAUGGACAAUGUGAUGCGCCUCAACCCAAGCCACAGCCCACCACCUCCCAGUGACUUGGACAAUCCGUUCGUUGAUGACGACACCACCACGAAACCGAAGCAAAGUGCUGCCAAGAUUGACACACGCAAGUGCGUGGCUCUGGACGGUUUGCAAUGGCGCGUCGCCGCUGGCAUGUUUCAGGCCUUGUUGUUUCUGGCCGAGUAUCACUGUCGAGCAGGCGCACCACGGGCUGCGCUGCUGUACUUUGGAAAAGCCGUGGAAAUGGCCGAUGGCCUCGCUGCGCCUCUCCCGCAUGGAACGGCCCUAGCUUUGCAAGAAGAAUUGAAGCUGAUGUGCGAGGAUCCCGUCGGUGAAGGAUUUUCGCGAUCGGACGAGUUGUUGGGCCAACUCCCAACUGCGGGAUUGAUUGAGAUGCGCCGGAUACAAGGGGAUCAGUGCGUGAAGGAAGAGAACAAGGAUCUGGGCCGGCAAAUCUACGCAUCAGCAGACACCAUCUUGAAGGAUCUAGAGAAAACCUACACGCUGGCCAUGACCACACAGAAAACCCCACUUAAAAUUUCUCGCAAACGAGUGGAAAAGCCAGUCGCUGAUGGUGAACUGGAUGUUCUGCUGCCCACCCUGCAAGCCGCAUUAUUGCGUCAACAAGUCUGGCUAUUCAAGGAACCCUCCGAAGCCCCGGAAUUUGAGGAGCUACUCACUCGACUGCUCUCCCUGCCUCCAACACGAAAUCUGAAGGCGGAAGAGAACAGUCUCCUAGGGCGAGUACAUAUGCAUGAUGCUUGCAAUCAGUUUAGGAAUGAUCUCUUCUUGAGCUCUCUCACCGAAUCAAUCAUUGCUGUCCCGAUGGGUAUGAUAAGUCAACAAUGCUUGACGCCGUCUGCGUCUAGCAUUCAAGUGCUUGAUACACUGCAUAAAGCCGAACAAUACUUCGCUGACGCAUUAGAAUUGAUGCUCUGCAAAGGCCGGAUUUCUGAAACCCGGAGCGUGUCGGUCAAUCUAGCAUUGAUCCACGCUUUCCAGACCAUGCUAGGAAAAACGAGCUCAAAUGGGCCUCGUCUGGCGGCCAGUCUGCUCGAAAUGUGUGCCGGUACAUCUUUACAUCGUCAAAUGUUGGAGAGCACAGACCUGAAGCUUCAGCCAUCCAAGCAUAGUGACGACUUAACCUGGCCAUCGACCGCACCUAAGCAUGUCCCGGCGAAGCAGAAUCAGGUUCUACUUGGCUCGACAAUAUCUGACGAGGAUAUCUGUAGUGCAGAUGACGACGAUGAGGAAGAUUUGGAUAGGUCGUACUGGCAGGCGACUCGCGACAGAUACAUCGCGCUGCUUUCCGAUGUCGGCCUUCAAGGUCCAGCACAAGUGGAUGUUCUUCCUUCUAAUUGGACUGUGAUAAGCAUCAACGUCACGGAAGAUCAAAACACAAUCCUCAUCGCGCGUCACCGCUCCAGGCAAGAGCCCCUUAUCCUUUGCCUUCCGCUCGAUCGUCAAGGCAAACGGGAUGGAGAAGACGAUCAGUUCACCUUCCAAAGCGCAAUUGAUGAACUGGACAACAUCAUCGAAAAUAGCAAUAAGGGCAUCUUGGCUGCGAAGGAAGUUGCUGGGAAGGAUGCGACGGCAUCCUGGUGGUCCGAGCGUGGUGAAUUGGACAGGCGACUGGGCGAGCUGCUUGAGACCAUAGAGUUUUGUUGGCUCGGUGCAUUCAAGACCGUGCUAUGCGAGCCUCCCAGAGCCACAAAAGAAUCUUUGAAAUCUCUGCGAAAUCGCCUUGAGAAGAUAUUCCAGGGUGCGAUCAAAGCCCUUGACAAGAAUUCUCCUGCCUCUCGAACUCGUCUUCAUGACAACAUCUUGGACUGUUUCGCGUCGUUGAGCACGAAGUGUAGAGAUGAGGAACUCGAAGACAUGAUUUACUUCGUUUUGGACUUGUAUCACUUCCAUGGUAUUCCAGUAGCCGUGGCUGAGAUAGAUGUAGACAUGCUCGUGGUAGACAUCCGUUCUGCUCUCGAAGAAUUUGCCGCAAACCCACCAGUGCUCUGUUCAUCCCAGGCUGAUCCUCACCUUUUCCUCAUCUUAGACAAGAACGUACAAGGGAUCCCCUGGGAAUCCAUCCCAAUUUUACGCGGUCGCUCAGUCAGCCGUAUUCCCUCCAUCUCAUUCCUGGUCGAUCGCAUCGAGUUGAGCCGCCAUCGGCGCGGACCGGAAACCGAGCCCACAGCCAGUCCGAGGAAGAUAGAUCGCGUCGUGGUGGAUCCCAGACGAGCUUUCUAUAUGUUGAAUGUUAGCCGGGAUCUCACUCGCACCGAACAGCAGUUUUCUCCAUGGCUGAAGGAGAUGGAUCAGAUUGGCUGGCGAGGGAUAAUUGGACGGCCGCCAAUGGCGGGAGAAAUGCUCCGAGCGCUGGAAUCGUCCGAGCUUGUGCUCUACUUUGGUCAUGGUGGAGGCGAACAAUAUGUCCGUUCUCAGCAAAUUCGCAGACUGUCACGCUGUGCUUCCGUGAUGCUCUGGGGUUGUUCAUCGGGCGCUUUGCGAUCAAUGGGAGAGUUUGAUCGAUUCGGUACACCUCACAAUUACAUGCUUGCUGGCUGUCCCAACGUCGUAGCAACUCUCUGGGAUGUGACAGAUCGUGACAUCGACCGGUUCUCCGAUUCCGUCUUCAAGAAGAUGCACCUUGACCGUGCACAUGUGGAGACGUGGUCGGCCAGUCAGCCAUCAAUGACGUCCAUCGUUGCCGCCGUUGCGCAGUCCCGAGAUGUCUGCAAACUCAAGUACCUGAAUGGCGCUGCUCCCGUCGUUUACGGGAUUCCUUACUAUCUCUGAUGUAUAUC